CGGAAACACUACCCUGUAUACUAUAUGGAACAAGCCGUUCUAUCGAAGUCCUGGAAACCGAUUCGAUCAAUAAGAUGUCAUUAUGAAAGUCACUCAAACAAUGCGACGAAAAUGAAUGUGAAACUAACUUUACUCUGUGUAUUCAUAUCGUUCCAUAUCGCACGCAGCGUUCCCAUAUCAAACGAAGAAGACGACAAUGAAGACCAAGCAGGUACCAACAACACCUCAUCCCACCGAGAAGCUCGCGCAGCCAAUCUAGGAGGAGCCGGAUGCGUCUACAAACAUCCCUACUACGUCUCUCUGCGAUCGCCCAUCAACCUCCAAUACUGCGCAGGCGCCAUGAUCAGCCCAGCGUACCUCCUCACCGCAGCCCGAUGCAUCAACGAAAAACGCAAGACGAAGGCAAAAAAGCCCGUUUUCGGCCUCGUCGAUCUAUCGACCUUCGUCCUUGGAAAAGAUCCUUCAGGUAGCUUCCCACCCAAAUACCCCCGAGGGUAUGGCAAACGAACCGGAAAGGUAUGGCCACAGGGGCAGUUCCAAAUGCAAUGGCAAUCGGGAGAGGGGAGCCAAUUUCAAUAUCAAGGGACUGGAAAAGGAAGUCAAUUCCAAAUGCAAGGACAAGGGGCACAAGGGAAUGGAGGGCCAGGAGGUGGUGGACAAACAGAAGAAGGUGGUGGUCAAGGAGGAGGAACAGAAGGUCCAGUAAGUGAUGGGGGAGAAGGAGAAGUGUCUGUACCAGAACCAGCCCAGACAACAUCAGCACCAGAACCUGCUGAAACAAAACCAUCAUGGGAUGUAGAUCUCUUCGAAACAACUUGGCCAGAAGAAGAAACGGAAACCGACUUGCCACUAGGAGAGUUCGACGAGUGGUACUGCUACUGGAGCCAUAUAGACCAGAUGACUCCGCAUCCGGAUUUCGAUCCAGAGAGCGGUACGAACGACGUCGGUAUAUGCAAGCUGGACCUACCCUUGAAAGUGGGACGUUUCCUUCAGCUGCCCUUCAAGCCCUUUUUCGGGCACCUGUUCAAUCCUUCUGGAGGCGCAUACAGCAGAUCAACCAGAUCGCCUUGCAGCAGGUCGGCCGAGCUGGUUUCCUGGUUCGGUACGGAUAAGUGCAAAAGGGUGGGUCACGCUUCUGUUGCUACGUGUAACAGAGUCUUCAAGAAGAGGGGUUUCGGGGCAUCUUCCAUGUGCACCUCGCCUGUCGGCGAGAACGUCUGCCACCACGAGACUGGGGCCCCGUUGGUGUGCGGCAAUGUCCUAUAUGGUUUGGUCAGUUUGGGGAAAGAUUGCCGAAGGAGAUCGCCUGGUAUCUUCACUAGAAUAGAUCAACAGUUGCCGUUCAUCAGAGGGGUGAUGAUGCGUAGCGCAUCGAUGGGAAACCGUUAUACUGCAGCUUUUCUAAUUACACUUGUACCAACUAUUUUUGUCAAUAUCAUUGGUUUCUAAUAAAUUAUUACAAGAUAUUUAGAAAUUCAAAA